AUGUCAACCAACGGUACCAAUGAAAUAGCAGCGCUUUAUCCGCCACCACCACCUUACAUCAAGCAUUUUACGGCUGAAAAUGUGGCCAAAAUUGAAGAACUCAAAAAAUCCGGUGCCAGUUUCGAUCAUCUGGACGAUGAUCUAGAGCACCUUGUGUCUCCGGAAAUUCCGGCAGAAGGUCAUUAUCGGGCUUUCGGGAGCGUGUGGCAGGUAAAAGACGAGCUCCCGGACCUCGCAAGCAUGGGAAUGACGCAAUUGUACCAGUCUCGUGAAACCCCAGAAGGCGCAAGUUCGAGCUACCAAGACAAGAUACAGGAGCUACACAAACUUCUGCGAUCGCUGCUACUGAAUUUCCUAGAACUUACAGGCAUCCUGAGUGUCAAUCCCGAGCAGUUUGCGGCAAAAGUCGAACACAUUCAAACCAUCUUGGUCAAUAUCCAUCAUCUACUUAACGAAUACCGCCCGCACCAGUCACGUGAGUCCCUCAUAAUGCUUCUAGAAGAACAACUAGAGGGCAAGAGACAAGAGAUACAGAAUAUUGAGAAGGUGUGUGCGCAGGUCAAGGAGAAACUGAUUCAAAUGGUCGGGGAAACACAAGAAGAUGAGGAUGGGAGGGACCCGUGA